GUUUACCGUGAACCACUCCAUCGUUCAAACCUUCGGCGGGAGGACAAUAGUUUUGGAAACGUAUUCGAAAACAGAUAAAUAUAGAGCGUGGUAGGGGAAACGGUAGAUAAUGGAUGUGACAACAUGUUUGAAGUCAAUGCUUCUAGCCAUCCGACAAUACAAAAACAACAGAUCUGCUGUCAACACAUCCCAAUUGCAAAAACAGAUAAACGACCUUACAGGCCUUAAGUGCUCCAGACUCCUCGCCGCUGGACAGGUGCUUCCUAGCGAGUGUUUGAGUGGGCUUCUGGAGGUUGCCAUAGACCCAAAGACCAAUCAUGCCCUCACUAGCACUAUCGUAUCGCUGCUGGCUAAUCUUGCGACAUCUGAUGAGGAGACCAGAGAGGCUCUCCAUAGCAGCUUCAACCUCACCGGGGCCCUUGCCUCCAUCGUCCACUCCAACAGAGCCACCCCAGAGGGGCCCCUGGUGAUGCAAUGUCUUCAGGUGCUGCAGAGGUUCACCUACAGUAUGAGAAUCUCCCACUGUGCCUCUUAUCUCGAUGAUCUCCUGACUUUCCUAAUGCAGAAUAUCAAGUCUCGUAAUGAUGACAUCAUUAAGCCUUGUCUCGGCCUCAUGGCAAAUCUCUGCCGUCAUAACCUCUCUGUCCAGACUCACAUCAAAAGUCAGAGUAAUGUUAAAGCACUGUAUCGUUCCCUAAUUGAUUUCCUGGCUCACAACUCUCUGACUGUGGUAAUCUACACAUUGUCCAUAUUAACCAGCCUGACCCUCAAUGAGGAGGAAGGACAAAAGUUGUUUAAUGCCGAGAACAUCCACCAGACCUUCCCACUCAUAUUCAACAUAACGGUCAACGGCGAUGGAUCUUUGACGCGGAACUACGCUGUAGACCUGCUCGUCGACCUCGUGAAGAACCCGAAGAUUGCGGACUACCUGGUUAAUUAUAAGCUCCUUCCUCCAUGUUUGACUGAGGUGUUUGGUCUGCUGCAUAGCAAAGACUCAGAGACAGCAGCUAAGGUUCUGGAACUCCUGGUGUCGCUGUGUUCUGUCCCUGGCCUGCGCAAGCUGCUGUGUGAGACGAUGUUCCGGUCCUUCAAGCCACGCCGGCAGCCUGCGGGCAAGAAGGGAGGGCAGGCCAGGGUUUCGGAGCCCUGCGUGGCCCUCCUCCAGUGGGCCACAGGCCCUCUCCACGACCCCGAGCGCUGCAGCCUGCAGGCUCUGAAUCUCCUCACUGAGCUGUUUGAGGAGGUGAUUGAUGCCGGCACCACCGCCUCUGUCCAGUCCCACUUGGAGCUCUUGUUGCCCGCUCUGGUGGGACUUCUCCAGGUCCCAGACUCGACUGAAGAGGAGCAGCAGCUAAAGAGGCACUGUGUCCGUGUGGGCCGGGUCGUGGAGCUGCUGUUGGUCCUCUGUGUGGAUGACCACCUGAAGAGCCUGGUGGCCCAGCAGAUCCCGUCCAAACUCUGCACCUCUCAGGUGGAGCUGCUCCUCUCCAACAGCCACGGCUCCAGCAGCCCCAUCACUGACUCUGACCUCAGCCAGGUGUGUGCAGAGGCCGUGUUGAAGAUGCUGGAACUGAUGAGUCACCUCAAGCAGCAUGUGCAGGACAUGGAGACCUGCUUCUACCAGAUCCUGCAGGACCAGCGGAUGGUGACGCCCCUGUCUCUGGCCAUGACGUCACAGCGCAGGGAGCUUGUGCAGAGUGCCCUCCGCGUCCUCUUUGAAGCCGCGCCUCUGCCUGAUUUCCCCUCCGUCAUUCUGGGGGAGAGCAUCGCGGCGAACAACGCCUACCGGGAGGCUCAACGUGAAUCUGGGCGGUCUGUCAAACGCAUGGCUGUUCAGGAGUCUCUCCCCACAGGAAAGGCCUGUGCUGUCUCCAAUGGCCCUGGCUGCAAAGUGACCACCACAGCCAAGCAAACCAUCGACUCGUUAAUAGAGAAAUUACAGAGUGGACUAGAGGACCCGAUGAAGGACGUGCACAUGUCUGAGGUCAUUGACGUGUACGAGCAGAAGAUCUCCGCUCUGGCCUCUAAAGAGAGCCGCCUGGAGGACCUGCUGGAGGCCAAAGCUCUGGCCCUCGCCCAGGCUGACCGACUCCUCGCCCAGUACCGCUGCCAGAGAGCUCAGGCCGAGGCGGAGGCGCGUAAGCUGGCGGGGCUGCUGCAGGAGAGCGAGCGCGGUAAGGAGGCGCUGCAGAGGCAACUGGGCGAGCAGGUGCUGGAGGUGCAGCGGGUCAAGCAGGACAUCCAGCAGCUGCUGGAGCACAACGGCCGCCUGCAGGCCGUCUCCGACGAGCACCAGGCCCUCAAGGGCUCAUACAACCAGCUGCUCAGCAGGUAUAAUGAAACUGAGCGGCAUCUAAAGGAGCUGAGGGGGGCCCACGUGGCCCUCACCCAAAUGGUUGAGAGUUUGAAGAAGACCUACGAUACACUUAGACUGAAGCAGGAGAGGACUCUGGCUGAGGUGGCAGAAAAGGACAAGCUGAUCAAAAGCCAACAGGCUGACCUCAAGGCGAAGGAGAAGGCUAUCUCAGACCUCCAGGGGGAGCUGAAGAAGCAGCAGGAGCAGGCUAAUGAGAUGGAGGAGAGCAUCAGCAUCCUGAGGAAGGAGCUGAAUAAGACAGAACAAGCAAGGAAAGACGCCAGUAUCAAAGCCUCGUCUCUGGAGCUGCAGAAGUCUCAGCUGGAGGACAAAAUGAAUAAGAAGGAGGAGGAGCUGAACAAGAACAUGCACAUGAUCGCCAUGAUCCACAGCCUGAGCGGUGGCAAGAUUAAGACAGACACCGCCAACGUGUCGCUCUGAGACUCUCUGUCUCACUCUCCAUCUCUCCUCUCUGUCUCACUCUCCAUCUCUCCUCUCUGUCUCACUCUCCAUCU